UUCACAGCCUCACUUUUAUAUCCUCAAAUAUCAUCUUCAUAUAUAUCAUCCAUUUCUUCUUAGCUUGCAACUGUCAUCCACAUCCAUUGGAUGCACUUGUUUGCUGAUAAACAAAAUCUUGCUUUGUAACUUGAGAUUUUGUUUGCUUGUCUUUUCUUUUUUUUGAUAUUUCUAUAAUUUGGUGCAGACGAAAAACUGUUUGCAUCUUCUCCCGUUUAUUGAAAGAGCAUUGGAUAGUGUCAAGUUUAGUUAUACUUAAUUCCUCUCACCAAUCACAUUUCUAGUACAUAGAAGGCGGCGGAUCCUCUUGCGUACGUGAAAAGGUGUGAGAUCAACUCGUACUCAAAAACCGGUGAAAGGACAGAAUCCCGGGAAGGAAGAAAUUCAAGAAAGGACCUUAACCUUUAAAGGUUGACGAGAUGGCACCAAUUAAGGGCAUUGAGAAACUAGGUAUAGUCGCCAUUCUUGAUUCUGAUAUUAAACCAGUAGCCUCCUUAAGAAGAACACUUUCAGCUGAUAUGUCUUCAAAGAAAUGGCUGUCACAAAAUGGGCUUUUCUCUAUGAAAAAGAUUGCAUCAUCUGAAGGACUAGUGAUCAACGGUGCUGAUUCAUCUUCUUCGUCUGAAAUUGAAGAAGAAUAUGAUGAAAAUAUGCCAGGACAAGAUGAAAUUUGGAGGUCAAUUCAAUUACAGAAAGAGAAGCAGAAUAAUCAGACAGAUCAAAAUCCAUCAAGAUUAGAUUCUUGGGGUUCAAUUCUAUCUCAAAAGAAUUAUCAAGAUUCAUCCAAGGAGUCUCCACCACCUUACGUUCAUCCUCUCGUGAAAAGAUCAGCCAGCAGCUUGAGCCAGAAAAGUCUUGAAAUUUGUACUGAAAAUCUUGGAUCAGAAACUGGCUCGGAGGAGUUCUCCUCGGGCCCGGGCCCUGACCCUCCUCAAACAGAAAAUUACUGCCAAGAAAAAGUGUCCAAAUCCUUCGGAGAUAUUAAUGGUGUCAAGUACAAAACAGUGUCACCUCGGCCACUUCCCCCUCCAAUUUCUUCCAUUGGCGGUGGCGAUGGAAAUUCACUUCGUAUGCACUGCCACCGCCAAAAUGGGAGGUUAAUUCUUGAAGCCGUGUCUGUUCCUUCAGAAAACUGCUUCCGGGCUAGCCGCAAUGAAGGCCGCCUUCUCCUCACUUUGAUCAACCCACCCACUUUUCUGGCUGCAGCCACGGUGGAGGAGGUGGCGUCACCGGCACCGGCAGAUGUGGAGGUGGAGGUUCAGUCUGUGAUUGAGCAGAAUCCAAAUCCAGCAGGUUGGAUUUUAAGUGUGGAUAAAGCAGGAUUAAUGGUGAAUAACUUCAAUGGACUAAGAAACAAGAUGAGUCCAACAUGGGCUAACAAAUUCAACAAAACUGUGAAGUUAAUGGAGGUUGGGGAGGAACUGCCACUUCCACCACUACUACCACCCAGAGUAGCUCGCCUUAUUUCCCCGCCACCUCCGCCGCCGCAUCCACUACCAGCCGUUGUCGCCUCCUAUAAUGCCUACGAAUACUUCUGGCGGAACAAGACAAGCUUCAUCACUACUUCACAAUGCAUUCCCCUCAAAAACAAGAAGAAGAUUUCCCAUUCCAGUGGUGAAAAAACGUAUGAACACCAAGAUUUGGUGCUCAUUAGCCCUUCGUUGAAGGGAUGCAAAGAGCAAAGGAAGUCUCUAUUAAUUUGGGAGCCAUACUGCAUUGCCACCUCCUAAUGAUCAAAAUUUCUCAAAUCCCAGCUUUUAAUUAUUCAAUUAUAAUCAUUUCUAAGUUUGUCA